AAAUAAAAUUGUUAAUCUAAAAAACGACUUAAUCUUCAAAAGGGAAAUUGUUUUAGCAAACCUAUCGCUUUGAGAUAUGAGACUAGUCUUAAAGUUUGCAUUUUUGGAUAUGGGUCAUCUUGAUAUUUGGAAGUCUUUGUCCGGUGUUCUCUGUGUUUAUAAGCACUCGGGAAUUUCCUCCGCUGGGUUGAUCAAGCUGAUUACUCGUAAGAUCGCCGAAUCUGUCUCUGAUAUUGAAUCUACUUCUCGAAUUCAACUUCCUCUGAUCUCCAUCCCAGUCAUCGAAGCUCAUGAAAAGUCAGGCGCUCUAGUAGUCGUCGGCCGGAAUGAAGUGGCUGAUUACAGAUAUCAUCCACUUGUGUCUGGCAGAUCAAUCAGACAAGAGGACAUUCAAUUGGUAGACGUACUACCGUUGGCCACAAAUAGUUCUGGAGUCUGCUUGUUCGGUGUCAAUGAUGGUUGUGAAAGUAUUCCAGAACUCAUGUCAAAGUCAUGGACAAAUGUGUAUCGAAUCGAUGGAAUUAUAAAAAAGUCGGAAAAUAUAGACGUUUCGAAAAUUUCAAAGCAUCGAAUUGAGAAAGUUUUGUCACGCUUGGAAUCUGAAUUUCGUAGUGCCUCAUUUCGUCAUGCCAAUGUAGAUAUGGAGAGUUCAGAAGCAUUUGAAUUAGCUCGUCGAGGAGUUCCACGGGCUCAGCUACCCGGUUCACAAAUAGUUUAUUCGAUUGAUUUGAAUUGGUUCCGAUCACCAAAAUUCUCUGUGACAACUCAAUGCUCUGGCGAAGACGAUGAAAUGCUCAGACAAUUGAUUGAGCACAUUGGUUCAAACCUUGGUACCGAGUCUACGACAAUUCGACUUCAGAGACAGAAUUUUGGACCAUUUGGAAGUGACAAUGCACUGUUAGAAAAACAAAUUAAUCUACAGAACAUUGCUAGAAAUAUAAUUCUGAAUCGAAAAAUCAUCACUUCCGAAUCAGUUAACAAGAAGAUUGUAUCAGAAAGCGUUGAGCCGGAAGAUUCAACAAAAAAUCGGGAGAUUUUCGAUGGUUUCGGAUUGAAAGAAUCCACAAAACUGGAUGAUUACGAUGCAAUGAGACCAGCAUGGCCGAGAAAUUAUUAAUUCUUAAUUCUAUUCUCGAAUUUAUUAUUAAAAAUAAACUGAAAAAAUAGGUUAGAUAC